UAAGUUUUGAAAAAUGGGUUUUUUGGAAGAUAGAGAUUUGAGUAGCGUGCCUAGUAUACCGGAGUUUUAUAGAGGAAAAACUAUAUUUAUUAGUGGAGCCUCGGGGUUCAUGGGCAAAGUUCUGGUGGAGAAGCUGCUGUACUCCUGCCCAGACCUGGAUAGGAUCUAUGUUCUUCUGAGAAGCAAGAAGGGAGUGAAAUCAGAAGACAGAUUGGCCCAAAUCUUCGCUGCACCUUUAUUUGACAGACUCCGCAAAGAGAGACCUGGCUUCGAGUCAAAAGUAUUCGUGAUCGCUGGAGAUGUUAUGGAACUCGGUUUGGGUAUUUCUGAAGAGGAUCGCGCAUUGAUCGUCAAUCGUGUCAACAUUGUGUACCAUGUGGCAGCCAGCGUCAGGUUCGACGAUCCCCUGGAGUACGCAAUCCGUAUGAACCUCCGUGGUACUAAGGAGAUGGUGGAACUGGCUGCAGACAUCAGAAACUUAAAGGUCUUCAUCCACGUAUCGACCUCGUACUCCAACACCAAUAGGGAGACCCUUGAAGAGAUCCUUUACCCUCCCCACGCAGACUGGAGGGAGACCCUUCAUAUCUGCGAGACCGUUGACUCUCAUACGUUGAAGGUGCUAACUCCGAAAUAUUUAGGAGAGCUACCAAACACUUAUACGUUUUCAAAACAACUGGCAGAGAAUGUAGUAGCCGAGUAUAAAGGGAUUCUUCCCAUUGUGAUCAUCAGACCUUCCAUCGUUAUAUCCAGCGUUGAAGAGCCUGUACCAGGUUGGAUUGAGAACUUCAAUGGACCCGCAGCCCUGCUCGCGGCUUGUGGGAAAGGUAUCUUAAGAAGCAUGUACACAGACCCUGACCUGGUAGCUGAUUACAUGCCUGUGGACAUCUCCAUCAAGAGCUUCAUUGUCGCUUCCUGGUUAAGAGGAACUAAGGAACUGUCUCCAACUGAUGACGUACCCAUCUACAAUUGCUGUGCUGGUAAACUGAACAAUAUAACUAUGGGGCAGAUGAUUGCUAUGGGACGACAGAUUUACCCAUCAGUACCUGUCAACGAUAUGCUCUGGACCCCUGGUGGAGAUUUGACGAAGUCGAAGACCAUACAUUAUAUCAAGGUGAUAUUCCUUCAUCUUCUACCAGCGAUUUUGGUGGAUACUAUCCUUUGGUUAGCGGGGAGAAAGCCAAUGCUGGUCAAAAUCCAACGACGCAUCUACAUAGCAAACCUGGCUUUAAUGUACUAUAUAACGAAGCAAUGGACAUUUGACAACAAAAACCUAGUACUCAUGAGGUCCAGAAUAAAAAAUGAGGACAAAAAACAAUUUUACUAUGAAAUGGAAAAUGUCGAUCAGUACAAAUAUUUUGUGAACGCAGUCAAAGGUGGCAAGAAGUACCUUUUGAAAGAACAGGAUGAAGAUAUGCCGAAAGCUAAGAGACAUUAUAACAGAAUGGUGGUCGUGGACAUCAUAGUGCAGAUAGCGUUCUACAGCACUUUAUUCUGGUGGUUCCUGAACUUGAAUUGCAUUCAAAACCUGAUAUCUCUUAUAUCCAAUCAUUCUUAACAAAUUAAUAAAUGAUUAGUACUUAAAUCUAGGAAAUAAUUUGUGUUGUUUUGACCUUGAGGCUUUUAGAAUAAA